CCCCAGGCUACGUCUUUGUUUGUCUCGGAGAUACUGAAGAGACCGUCAUGCUGCAGCAGUUCUUGCGGCCGCUGAGCUUGGGGCUCAUUUGGGCAUCGGCGUCGCAUUCCGCGGUACUCAUGGACUUCCAGGUCGCUCAACCACCUCCAUUUCCCGAAGACGCACAGAAGUGCACUCUAGAGCUCAUUGACCAUACAUUCGGUAACUCGUAUUAUCAACCGGCAAUCGCUAGUUACACACCGCCGACCGAAUGUGGAGAGGCUGGAUCUUGGGCCGGCAUUACCCUCAAUUUGACGGUCACCUCCAACGGUACUCAAUAUGAUCGACUAGGAAUCUUCACAUUCCAGAAUGUCGAGAUAUGGAGGACAUCGACGCCUGAGCCCACAACAGACGGGAUUAUCUGGACAUACGUGAAAGACGUGACGCGUUAUAUUCCACUUUUUUCAGAACCCGGCACAUUUCUGUUUGAACUUGAUAACCUGCUUGAGGAUGGUCUUACUGGACAAUACGCAUCUACGGUGACGGCGACGUUCUAUGCCUCCUCAUCAGAAUAUCCUGCUGCACCCCGUGCGGAUAUAAUCAUACCCAUAUCAACACUGUCAAACACCACGAGUGAUCAGGCAUCUGUGCCUCCCACGUUUUCGAUUGAUGUGACUGUCCCUGAAAACGCAGUUGCGGUAUACGCCGAAUUGUACGCUUCCGGUAAUGGCGAUGAAGAAUUUUGGUAUUAUAAUGUUGCCAACGAGUACCUUGAUGAUCUUCCGAGUGAAACCACCUACGGAAACGGGCCUUUCCGUGAAGUCCAGCUGCUUGUCGACGAUCAGCUCGCAGGGGUCGCUUUCCCAUACGCGGUAAUUUUCACCGGGGGAAUCUCGCCACCAGCAUGGCGACCGAUCACGUCCUAUGGCGCACUUGACCUUCCGACCUACUUCCUUGACUUGACGCCUUUUGUACCAGUGCUAACAGAUGGUCGGUCACACAACAUCAGCGUUGCGGUUGUAUCAGCAGAGUCCGACCACGCUAUCAACGACAAUUGGUACGUUUCCGGCAACUUGCAGGUUGUCUUAGAUUCUUCUUCGGAACGGACUACUGGCAACAUCACGGUCUACGAUGUCCAGCCAUAUGCCGAAACAAGCACGACCGGCAUUGUUGGUUCGAAUGGUGACGUCAAAGUCACGGUCUCCGCCACCCGCAACAUACAAAUAGAGGCCGACAUCCUGAGCGGGAGUGGAGUAUACACACACGUUGUCUGGUCGCAGAAUUUAAAGUAUCAAAACACGCAGUAUUACCUAGACGACUUCUAUGUUCAGAACGUCGCACAGACUGCGUCGGGAAGUUUCUACUCUACCCACAACGGGGUCGCCUGUCUCACGGACCAGUUCUCAUACCCGCUUUCCAUUAACUAUACCGCACUGAACGCUAACGGAACCUCCUGGACGGCAAACUUUGACCAUUCAUAUGACCAUGUCUCCCUGCCGAGCCCCUUCAUCUUAGGAUCUACCAUUACGGAACGUCAGCUUGCCACUGGUGAUUUCAUUGAGACGUCGAGCGGUAAUUACGGCAACGGCACGAGCAACAACACCUUCAACUAUGCGGAUGAUCAUGGCAAUACCUACUACAGGAACGUCGAUGCUGUUCUCAACAACAUCACGUAUGACCAAAUCGGCGGUUCAUUGGCUAGCGAGAGUACUCCAAGUUACUCUACGUCUAGCACAUUCUUACCGUUAGUCGGGCCGAGGCCCCGUCUGCCGGGAGGACGGCUGGGAGGGUUGUAGGAAUUUUUCCACGGGCAGAUAUUCGCUCAUAGCGCUAUACGGUGGGCGUUUCAAGGACAUUGCGGUUAGGAUCUGGGCAUGUAUGGACAUUAUCAGAAUACCCGUCAAGUUUAAAUGCCGUUAGUCGUAAGCUCGAUUCACCACUGUUAUUCAAUUGGCGAGUAAGGUUUAUAAACGGCCCAAUGGUCUUCGCGC